AUGCUCGUUAUUCUGUGGGUCAUUGGUUCUGUGCUCCUAAGGUUGACUUGCCCUGGUGCAUGGAUGCGCUCAGUUGCCAUGGUGAUGACGGGACUAUAGGUACUACUUGCCUCUCCGGGAUCCCGGUCUGUCACUGCGUGGAGCUGCGAGUCAGUGGCAGGGAAGUAGCGGCGCUCCUCGCAGCCUCAAUAAAAUCUUACUUCGCUGUCUGUAGGACUCCAACACAAGCUGACUGUCUCAGAGCGGGCUAGUGUUUAUAGUAAAGGCGAGUGCUCCGCUCAGAGAGAGAAUUUCACAACGCAGCCAAGACAAACGAUAUCGAGAAGAUGAGGCAGCUGAUGAAGCAUCGAGUGGAUGUUCGGGUCAAGAACAGUGCAGACAGGACAGCCCUACACUUGGCAGCCGGAGCUGGGCACAAGCAGGUGGUGCAAUUACUUUUGGAACAUUUACCUCUGGAUGAGGAAGACAGUUUUGGGAUGAACGCUCUGCUGCUUGGGGCCUGGUUUGGGCAUCUUCCAGUCCUGAAGAUCCUCGUAAAUGCUGGAGCCAAAAUAAACUGCCAGAAUAAGAGCGGACUGAACUUGCUCCAUUGUGCAGCUCUGAGAGGUCACAUCAAAGUCAUGGAAUUUAUUAUGGAGGACCUGGAAGGCAUCAAGCUUGAUAAAGUAGAUAAGUCAGGCAAGACCGCUUUUCACUUGGCUGCAGAACAUGGCCAGUUGGAGGCUGUGGAAUUCCUAAUUGGUUCUGGGUGUCAGCACAGCUUAAAGGACAAGGAUGAAAACACUGCUCUGCACUUGGCAUCCAAGAAUGGACAUGCAGAGGUCUUGCAGAAGAUUGUAGAGACUAGGGUUGACUUGAAUGAAAGGAAUACAGAAGGCAUGACAGCUUUGCACUUGGCCACGGAAGGGGGAUAUUUUGAUUGUGUGAGAAUUCUACUAGAUGCAGGCUGUGAGGUGAAUAUCCAGACAGAGCAGAAGGGCAUGAAUUCCCUUCAUUACUGUGCCUUCCAUGGAUAUGAAGACAUUGGCAGGAUCCUUAUAGAAGCUGGGAUCAACAUCAAUGCUGUAAACCAUAGAAAAUCAACUGCUCUGCACAUCUCCAUACUGCAGAACUUCCCUGCUAUGGUCAAGCUCUUAAUAGACUUUGAGUGUGAUCUGGACAUCCCUGAUUAUAGGCUGCAAACUCCUCUUCAUAUUGCGGCAGAGCAUGGACGACAGGACACGGCUGAAAUGAUUCUCAUCGCUGGAGUACUGGUGAACCUUAAAUCACAGGAUAAGCAGGGGAAAACGUCUCUGGAUGUGGCAGCACGGGGGAAUCAUAUCAAUCUGGCAGAUAUGAUUAUUAAGGCUGAUCGCUUCUAUAAGUGGAAGAAGGACAAUCUAAACAGUGAUUCAGACUCUUGGUUGGCCAGACACCUGACCUUCAGGCAGGACCAUCGCCUUGAGACACAGCACAUCCGAUCUGUCAUCUGGAGACUGGCAACCAAAUACUUGAAACAAAAUGAGUGGAAGAAGCUGGCUCACUACUGGAAAUUCACAGAUGCUCAUAUACGUGCAAUAGAGCAACAAUGGGCAGGUAGUACUAAAAGUUUCCGGGACCAUGGACACAGGAUGCUGCUGAUAUGGCUCCAUGGAGUGGUGAUGGCCGGAGAAAACCCUAUAAAAGGCCUUUAUGAGGGUGUAGUGGGCAUUGGAAGAAGAGACUUAGCAGAAAGCAUCAGGAGCAAAGCAAACGCAGAGGAUUCUUCUCCAAGGAGGUGUGCAGCCAUGUGACCGUCUCUGUGCUGUGUACACAGCUGAUAAUAUAACAGAGGUGGCACUGAAGGUGUUAAAACUGUAACAGUGCUAUCACUUUAAGGGCUGAUUCUAAAACCUAUGGUGCCACUUGAAAUCAGUAUCAGGUUACAUAACAGGACUAGGAACCAUCACAUCCAAUUUGUAGCUGAGCAAGAUGCCAUUUACUGAUAUGUCUCAGCACUUGGAUCACCCUGUGCCAAAGCUGUACAAGCAAAUACGUCUAAUUGUAAAGCUCAGUACUUGCUACCAGUUUACAAUCUCUGCAUCUUCCAUGUUUCUAUAAUGGCAUUUUUACAGUUCAAAGAGGAAAAAUGACGUCGAUCCGAGCACGUCUGUGAUGAAGAAAAAGUCCUUUCUCUCUAGAAA